GGCGGGACCGCGGAGGUGGCGCCGAGUAUGAAGUGCUUCCUGCAACUCCUCGGGCCUGAGCGCCAAGUCCCAAGGGCCACCCUUUGGAGGAACAAAAAAAAAGAGAGAGAGAGACAACUUCCUGUUCCUUUUUUUUUUUUUUUUUUUUUUUAAUAUUGGAGAAGAGAAUAUUCAGAGACUUGGAGGCAGCACUGCGUUUUGGGGUCUGGGCCCAAAGGGUUUGGUUUAAAUAGCUGCUGGUACAGUGCUGUAGUCUAUCUGCUCACAUUUUAAUAAGAAGAAGAGGCCAAAACAGACGUGCUGAGAAGACGUUGCUGAGUCUUGUUCUGCCACUGGGCACGCAGGACCAGGGGAGACUUCAGCCUCUACGGUUCCGGCGACAGCUGGCGAACAGUCCAAGUGCCACACAGAGAUUUGAAGCAAAGAGCUUCCUUACAGAUUUAAGUGUGUUUCAAGAACAACAGAUGGGAGUGAAAGACUUGUGGCAAAUUUUGGAUCCAGUAAAGCAGCAUGUCCACUUACAUAGUCUCAGAGGGAAAACCAUCGCGGUGGAUCUGAGCCUCUGGGUAUGUGAAGCCCAGACCGUCAAAAAGAUGAUCGGAACAGUUGUGAAGCCUCACCUCAGGAAUUUGUUUUUUCGUAUCUCCUGUUUAACGCUUAUGGAUGUGCAACUGGUGUUUGUCAUGGAAGGAGAAGCCCCCAAGCUGAAGGCUGACGUCAUAAGGAAGAGGAAUGAGGUUCGAUAUGGGCCUUCGCAUAAAGCCCAGCCUCAGAAAACAGGGAGGUCCCGCUUUACGUCAGUCUUAAGAGAGUGCCUCGAUAUGCUGGAAAUCUUGGGGAUUCCCUGGGUCCGAGCCGCUGGGGAGGCGGAAGCCAUGUGUGCAUACCUCAAUGCCAGUGGCCGUGUGGACGCCUGUCUCACCAACGACGGAGACGCCUUCCUGUACGGAGCCCAGACCGUCUACAGGAACUUCACUAUGAACACCAAGGACCCACAUGUCGACUGUUACACAAUGUCAUCCAUCAAGCAGAAGCUGGGCUUGGAUCGAGAUGCACUGGUCGGACUAGCGGUCCUCCUUGGCUGUGACUACCUUCCAAAGGGAGUGCCUGGAGUUGGAAAAGAGCAAGUGUUAAAACUUACACAGAUUUUGAAAGGACAGAGUUUACUGAAGAGGUUUGAUCAGUGGAAUGAAAAAUCUUGUGAUUCUAACCCACAACCACCAGUCAUUAAAAAGCUGGCCCACUGCUCCAUCUGUUCUCACCCAGGUUCCCCUAAAGAUCAUGAGCGCAAUGGGUGCACAUUAUGUCAAAGUGACCGAUACUGUGAACCACAUGAUUAUGAAUACUGUUGUCCUUGCGAGUGGCACCAGACAGAACACGCCAGGCAGCUCCAUGCGGUGGAGUACAGUAUUCGGAAGAAAGCUUGCAGUUGUGAGGGCUUCCCAUUCCAUGAGGUUAUCCAAGAAUUCCUUUUGGAUAAGAAUGAGUUGGUGAAGGAAAUCAAGCACCAAAGACCUGAUUUGUUACUGUUUCAGAGAUUUACUCUUGAUAAAAUGGAAUGGCCUAAUCCCUAUGCAUGUGAAAAAUUGUUGGUGCUUCUAACCCACUACGACAUGACAGAGAGAAAGCUUGGCAGAAGAGUCUCGUACCAACUGCAGCCAAUCCGAAUUGUUAAGACCCGAAUUAGAAAUGGAAUUCAUUGCUUUGAAAUAGAAUGGGAAAAGCCUGAACAUUAUGCCGUAGAAGAUGAGCAUGGAGAGCUCUUGCUACAAACAGUAGAAGAACAAGCAUUGUUUGAGGCAGCUUAUCCUGAGACUGUCGCUAGUUACCAAAAACAAAAGCUAGAAGCUCAAGGCAAGAAACAAAAAAGCAUGAAAAUUCAACCUAAAGAAAAGAAUUUUCCAGUAUCAGACAGUAUGAAUUUUCCGUCACGAUCAAUUUUAAAGCCUACCUGUGAAAUCACUUAUAAGCAGAACUCCAAGUUAAAUUUAGAUAUGUCCUCUGACUCUCCAUUACCCCUGAAAUCUGUUUCUAUGUCACUGAAUAACUUGCUUUUACCUAGAGAUACUCCCUGUUUGAAGCCACAAGAGCAGUUAAAGUCUUCUCUGCAACCAGUGAAUAUGCAGCAAGUGAAUGACGCUAGCAAACCUCUGAUUUCAGAAUCCGAUCAACCCAACACCACAUCCUGCAAUCCACCAGAGAUUCAUGAUCUACACUUGAGCACCAUUGACUGGGAAGGUACUUCCUUUUGUAAUUCUCCAGCGAUUUCAAGAAACAGUUUGUCUCAUGGUUGUAAAUCAGAACCUGAAAUAGCCAUCCCCAAAAGUUUAAAGAAAAUUCCAGAACAGUCAUCAUGUGAGCUGCAAUCGAACUCCAGAAACGACCAUGGCAUGCUGCCAUGGGGCAUUCAGAAGGCCAAACCUGACAAGCGUCUCCUUUCUGACAUGACUAGUUUACAUCUUCAGGACCUGCCUCUAAAGGAACGAAUACAUAUGAAGUCAGCAUACCCUCGGGGUUAUGCACAACCAGGUGUUGACCCAAAAACUUUGCCCUCACAAAAUACGAAGGAACCCUGUUGUGCUAGUCAGAGUCCUGAUUAUCCUCCACAUCUUUCAAAAGCCCCUUUUUCCAUCUAUACUCCAGUCGUAAAUCGCUCCGGUGUGAAAGUCGAACCACCAAAUGCCGCUUUAGAUCGUAGUCGAAAACCGAACAUGCAGGCCACCCAGAAAAUCAUAACGAAGAAGAGUGUUUGCCUUGACAGACAUUCUUCCGACGAAGAAAGUGUCCCAGUGUUUGGGAAACAGAAGCCUACAACUCACAGAGCGAAGCAGAGUUCUCAGAAGCACAGCCUAAGCCAGUCCAGUAAAGAUGAGGGCAGCACAUUGAGUAAGCCUAAAACGCGAAUUAAGGAAAAUGCACAGUGCGUUCAGGCUUAUAGAAUAGCUGGGAAUGAGGGAAGCUAUUCUCCAUAUGGAGCGAAAGGUUCUCCGAGUUUUCUACCGCAUCUUGAGGGAAAGGAUGACUCUGCUAGCACUUGCUUAGAUAGUCCUCUUCCUUUAUGUCAGAGAUUAAAGCUAAGGUUCCAAAACACUUGAGAUAAAAGGCACUGACGUUCAACUUACUAUCCUAGUGCUAUUAUUCAGCUUUAGCAGAAGCAGAGGAAAGGGGUCUACUUAGAAUGUCUGCUCAGAAGUGUUCUGUAUGUUCGAAGAUACUUUUACUCUUUUAAUCAAAAUUGUAACUUUAAAUGUCACCUAAAUUUUAAGUUUUUUAAGAUGAUCUCUUAGGACAAAACCACCAAGUGAUACAUAUAUAUUUUUCUAAUUUUUUUUGUCUUUAUUUACUUAUUGGAUAGAUAACCGCCAGAAAUUGAGAGGGAAGAGGGAGAGAGACAGACACCUGCAGCACUGCUUCACCACUGGUGAAGCUUCCCCCCCCCCCCCCGCAGGUGGGAGCCAGGGGCUCGAACCUGGGUCCUUGCGCACUGUAGCAUGUGUGAUCAACCAGGUGCGCCACCACCUGGCCCCAGCUGAUGUAUAUUUUGAUAUGGUGUGGCCAGAGAUCACUCACUGAAUAGAGUGCCUGUGUUGCCAUGUAAAAAAAAAACCAGUUUCAAGUCCCAGCACCACAUGGGAAAUGCUGCAGCAAUGAAGAGCACUCCACAACUGUCCUGUCGCUACAUCUGUGUCCAUCUCUCUCUCUCUCUCUCUCUCUCUCUCUCUCUCUCUCUCUCUCAGUGUAAAAGUGGCCCAGAGCACUGAAAUCAUGCAUGUCCAGGCCGCCCUGGCUCCAUCCAAAACAAACAUACCUUCACCCUUUUCAUAAACCAUUACUGGUCAGUCUUUACUCACAGCUUUAGAAUGUCAACACAGUGCUAAAUGCUCCAUCCACUGUCUCUGCUCCCCCCCCCCCACCUUCUUUCACAAGCCCCUAAAGUAUUUAUGUAUAUUACAACUUAUGCCCAAGUGGUCAUCCUUUCCUUUCCUUUCCUUUCCUUUCCUUUCCUUUCCUUUCCUUUCCUUUCCUUUCCUUUCCUUUCCUUUCCUUUCCUUUCCUUUCCUUUCCUUUCCUUUCCUUCCUUCCUUCCUUCCUUUCUUUUUUCUGCCACCAGGACUAUCGCUAGGGGUCAGUGCUCACACAGUUCCCUGUUCCAAGCAGCCCUCCUUUUUUUUUUUUUUUUUUUCCUCCCUCACUUUCUUUUACUGUUUGAUAGAUGGUGGGAGACAGGACGAGAGAGAGAGAGAACUGCAGUAUUGCUCCACUAUAUAUGAAGCUUCCCACCAUAAGUGGCGACCAGGGUCUUGAACCUGGGUCCCUGUGCACAGUAACAUGUGCACUCUACUUGGUAAGCCACCACCUGUUCCCUCCGAAAGGGAAUUCUUUACAAUUGGCCUAUAUUUUCACAAUGUUUUCUAUUGUGAAUUUUCUGAGAGUUAUAAGUUCUCUUACUGUAAAGAUAUUUUUAGUGUGCUUUUUCAGUUUGGUGCCUUUAGUCUUUUGUGACAGACAAAAAAAAAAAAAUCAUAAUAUAGUAAAAAGCAUGGUUGUAAUGACUAAACUAUGGAAAAUAGUAAAACUUUGCAGAUGACAGUAUCCACAAGUGUUAGAACAGCAUGGCUGUGUGAUCAAUUAAUAUGUUAACAUCAGCUGUUAUACCUGCAGUGAGGAAUGCACAGUCAGUUGCUAACAGAAGUAUUAAAAAUGGCAUCAGAAAGAAUGAAAUACUUGGGAACAUAUUUAACAAAGGAGGGAUAAGAGUUUUAUACUCUGAAAAUGGAAAAAUAUGACUGAAGGAAACCACAGAAAGCCUGCACCAUGGGAAGGCAUGCCGUGUUCACAGAGGAGACUGGGCAUUCCGACGGCUGUCUUCCCAAACUGAUCUACAAAUUCAACACAUACCCCAUCCAUUCCAACCAACUCCCUCUACAGAAACUACCAAGCUUAUUUUUAGAAUUCAUAGGCAAACUUAAAGGACAAGGAUUAGGCCAAGAUAACCUUGAGCAAAGGAAAUGAAGUUACUCAUUCUGGUUUCCAUUUCAAGUUGUAUACACACAUACCUAGAAACAAAGCGAAAGUCGAAGUUACAGUACUGAAGACUGUCACAGUGGCAUGAAGACAGACGGAUGUGUAGACCAGCGGGGUGGAAUCGACAGUACAGAGGAAACCCUCGUAUUUAGGCUCAACUGAUCUGCAACCCCAGCUCUAAGACAGUUCAGUGGGAGAAACAAUAAUAGCCCUGCAGCAUGGCUGCUGCUGGCAAUGACUGAAUAUCUGCAAAAGAAUGUAGUCUAAGCCCCAGCUUAUACAGUGUAUAAAAGUAAACUGGGUGAAUCAAGCAUCUAAAUGUAUGUUAAAAAAAAUAAAAAAUAAACAAGCUAAAACUACCAAUAACACAAGCUAAAACUCCUUUAAGGGAAGAAAGCUUAAAGAGAGAAUGAACACUAUUGCCAAUUCAGUAGGCUCUGGGAGAUGUGGGUGAGUGAUAAAAGUUAAGAGUGAUGGUAAUGAAUGCUAAACAAUGUACUGGUGGGUUUUUUGUUGUUGUUGCUAUUGGAUAGAGACAGAAAUUGAGAGAAGGGGUUUAUAGAGAGGAAGAGAGACAGACGCCUGCAGACCUGCUUCACCGCCUGUGAAGUGACUCCCCUGCAGGUGGGGAGCCUGGGGGGUGGGGACAAUGUACUAGUGAUUUUUAAUUCUGUAAUUCAGAUAAAUUUAUGUGAAUGAUGUCACAGUGAAGCUGUUGUUACUAUUUUUUUUUUUUAAUAUGGAACAUUAGGCUAGGGAGAUAGCGCUCUCAUUAGCACAAGAAAUUUUCAUGCGUGAGACACCAGAGGUUCCAAGUUCAAUCCCCUGCAAUACCAAAAGCCAGAGCUGAAACAGUGCUCUGGUAAAUAAAGAAAGAGAGAAUAUUUUGCCUGUCUAAAUGAAUCCUAGGAUAAUCUAGCCUCACUUCCACAUGUGCACUUCGACAUUUCUUUUAAAUAUAUUUAGGGCAGGGGGAGAUAGCAUAAUGGUUAUGCAGAGACUCAUGCCUGAGGCUCCAACAUCGCAGGUUCAAUCCCCUGCCUCACCAUAACCCAGAGCUGAGCAGUGCUCUAGUCAAAAUAAUAAAUAAA